AUGCCGGCCCUUGUACGCGCCCCGUGUCCUCUGAAGAAUCCAGAUCGUCCUGUCCUCGCCCUCGGGCUCGAAGGAUCUGCCAAUAAACUUGGAGCCGGUGUAAUCAAACAUGAUACGGACGGUUCAUCCACGGUCCUCUCCAAUGUCAGACAUACCUACAUAACUCCACCUGGAGAAGGUUUCCAGCCCCGUGACACCGCUCUGCACCACCGGGAAUGGGCACUCAAAGUCAUCACGGAGUCUCUCGCUGCUGCGUCUAUAUCAGUAGCAGACAUCGACUGUAUAUGCUAUACUAAAGGUCCCGGCAUGGGAGCCCCACUCCAGAGUGUAGCCCUUGUUGCCAGAACACUGGCCCUCCUAUACGACAAACCCCUUGUCGGGGUAAAUCAUUGCGUCGGUCAUAUUGAAAUGGGAAGAGAGAUUACUGGAGCAAGGAACCCAGUUGUUCUCUAUGUGUCGGGCGGCAACACUCAGGUGGUCGCCUAUUCGCGUCAAUGUUAUCGUAUCUUCGGAGAAACUCUGGAUAUUGCAGUCGGAAACUGUCUCGACCGCUUCGCUCGGGUUAUAAAUCUUAGCAAUAACCCCAGCCCAGGCUAUAACAUCGAACAGGAAGCCAAGAAGGGUAAACGUCUCCUAUCCCUCCCGUACACGACGAAGGGGAUGGAUGUCAGCUUGUCUGGUAUUCUAACUGCAGUUGAAGCUUACACUCAAGACAAGCGCUUCCGUUCGGAUGGACGUCCAAACUCUCCCGAGGAUCAGGAUAUUAUAACUCCCGCCGAUCUGUGUUUCUCUCUCCAAGAAAAUGUUUUUGCUAUGCUAGUGGAAAUCACCGAACGUGCGAUGGCGCAUAUUGGCAGUAAGGAGGUCCUUAUCGUUGGUGGUGUUGGUUGCAAUGAGCGUCUCCAAGAAAUGAUGGGAAUAAUGUCCAAAGAACGAGGCGGGCAGGUCUUCGCUACUGACGAAAGGUUCUGUAUCGAUAACGGCAUAAUGAUAGCGCAAGCGGGCCUUCUAAGUUUCCGCAUGGGAUACGAGACUCCGGUCGCAAAGAGCACAUGCACCCAGAGGUUUCGAACGGAUCAAGUGCACGUCUCGUGGCGUGCUUGA